AUGUCUGAAGACACCUCCUCAGAGCACACACAUGUCGAGCCAAAGUCUCAUUUCGCUCCAAUCAAUUCACGCCAACACCCAACGACAGACGGUGCCGAUGUAGUCAAUCUCCCCUACCGAACGCUCAGUCGCAAUGCAGCUUUGGAAGAAUACACAGAAGAGACAGUUGAUGGCCAAAUAUUAAGAGAAGUCAGAUCUAACGCCACCGGCCGACUGGAGCGUUAUGAACUUGUCACUUGGAAAACGGAUGAUCCAGAGAACCCCAAGAACUGGUCCAAGGCAUUCAAGUGGUGGUGUACAAUGUGUGUGGCUUUGACCUGCUUCGCGGUGGCUUUCAACUCAGCAGUAAUCACUGCGGACAUUGAAGGAGUCGCUGAAGAGUUCAACGUAUCAGAGGAGGUCGCGCUUCUAAGCAUUACCCUUUUCGUCUAUGGAUUUGGUAUUGGACCAAUGGCUUUCGCUCCGCUAAGCGAAAUUCUGGGACGACGAAUCAUCUACGGAACGACUCUUCUCGCCGCAGUUCUGUUCACGAUACCUGGGGCCGUGGCUGAUAAUAUCACUACGUUGCUAGUCACGCGAGCCAUCGCCGGUAUUUCCUUCUCGGCACCUAUGUCUUUGGUGGGUGGAACACUAGCCGAUCUAUGGAAGAAUGAGGAGCGAGGUGUACCCAUGGCAGCUUUCUCAGCAGCGCCAUUCAUUGGCCCAGCUGUAGGACCUCUCGUUGGUGGAUUCCUUUCUGACGCGGAAGGUUGGAGGUGGCUCUACUGGAUCCAACUUAUUCUCAGCUUUGUCGUCUGGGUACUUAUCACCUUCACUGUGCCGGAGACGUACACGCCCACCCUACUCGCACGACGAGCAAAGAAAAUGAGAAAGGAGAGCGGUGACGAUAAAUUUGUUACUGAAGAAGAUCUCGACAUGAGACCUUUCGCACAAAGACUGUGGCUUUUCCUUGUUCGACCAUUCCAGCUCCUCUUCCUUGAGCCAAUCGUGCUCUUCAUCUCAGUCUACAUGAGUGUCCUUUACGGAUUACUCUACAUGUUCUUCGUAGCAUACCCUAUCGUUUACCAGCAAGGAAAGGGCUACAGCGCUGGUAUCACCGGCCUAAUGUUCAUUCCGCUCAUGAUCGGUGUACUGAUGAGCGCCUGCUGUGCCCCGACCGUGAACAAGCAUUACCUCACACUCGUUGCCAAACACGAUGGCAAGCCACCUGCCGAAGCCCGUCUGAUCCCCAUGAUGAUCUCCUGUUGGUUCAUCCCCGUAGGCUUGUUCAUCUUUGCCUGGACCUCGUACCCUCGCUUGCACUGGAUCGGACCUGCCCUUGGAGGAUGGUUCGUCGGAUUCGGGUUUAUCUUCCUGUACAACUCUGCCAACAACUACCUCGUCGACUCAUACCAGCACCAGGCUGCUUCUGCUCUUGCCGCUAAGACCUUCCUGCGAUCUUUCUGGGGUGGUUCGGUCGUGCUUUUCACCAACCAGAUGUACAAACGUCUCGGAUACCAAUGGGCAAGCACACUUCUAGCCUUCCUCGGCCUGGCUUGCUGUCUAAUUCCAUACGUGUUCUAUUACAAGGGUGCGGCAAUUAGGAAGCAUUCUCGCUACGCGUACAGUGGAGACGAGGAGAACGAAGCCACGGCGAAGAGCCGCGCUGUCGAUGGUCACUGA